AGUGUUGUACGGGAGUUUCGAAGCGUUAUAGGAAAAAGGCCGCCGUGGCCGCUCUCAGGUUCCUCUCUGCUAAAAGUCUAUUUUCUUUCUACAAAGUUCCGCAAGACAAAAGUGAACUUAGAUGGCGACUAUACACGUGAAGCCAGUGACAUAACGUGAUUCUAACUUAACCUGAUCAAAACACAAAAUUGUACAGUAUCGAAAUUGUGAUGAGAGAGAUUGUUUUUUCGAGUUUUUAGCGAUUGAAAGAUGGCUACUAUUAAAUUCGGAAAACAUCUGAAAGAGUUGAGAAUUCUUCUCUGCCAAUCAUCCAAAUCUAGUCAAGGCGUCAGAGAUUUCAUCGAGCAGCAAUACGUAUCGUUGAAGAAAAAUAACCCGAGAUUCCCCGUUUUGAUCAGGGAAUGCUCGUCGAUCGAACCGAAAGUGUACGCGCGUUAUGAAUACGGCGUGGAACGUUGCGUACCUCUGUCGAAUCUAAAAUCCGAAGAAAUACUUGGGAAAAUUCAAGAAUUGGCAUCUCAAAAAUAGAUAUACUUUAUUAAAUUAAUGAAUAUGUGUAUCAUAUGUAUAGAGGUUCAAUAAAAUAGAUGUAUCAGACAAAA